AUGAACGCCACCUCCGAACCCACUUCCUACUCAAACACAAACAACGCCACCACCAACAACAGUACCAUGAACAACAGUACCAUGAACAACAGUACCAUGAACAACAGUACCAUGAACAACAGUACCAUGAACAACAGUACCAUGAACAACAGUACCAUGAACAACAGUAACAUGAACAACAGUAACAUGAACAACAGUAACAUGAACAACAGUACCAUGAACAACAGUACCAUGAACAACAGUAACAUGAACAACAGUAACAUGAACAACAGUACCAUGAACAACAGUACCACCAACAACAGUACCAUGAACAACAGUAACAUGAACAACAGUAACAUGAACAACAGUACCAUGAACAACAGUACCAUGAACAACAAUACCAUGAACAACAGUACCAUGAACAACAGUACCACCAACAACAGUACCAUGAACAACAGUAACAUGAACAACAGUACCAUGAACAACAGUACCAUGAACAACAGUACCAUGAACAACAGUACCAUGAACAACAGUAACAUGAACAACAGUAACAUGAACAACAGUACCAUGAACAACAGUACCAUGAACAACAGUACCAUGAACAACAGUACCAUGAACAACAGUAACAUGAACAACAGUAACAUGAACAACAGUAACAUGAACAACAGUACCAUGAACAACAGUACCAUGAACAACAGUACCAUGAACAACAGUACCAUGAACAAUAGUACCAUGAACAAUAGUAACAUGAACAACAGUAACAUGAACAACAGUAACAUGAACAACAGUACCAUGAACAACAGUACCAUGAACAACAGUACCAUGAACAACAGUACCAUGAACAACAGUAACAUGAACAACAGUACCAUGAACAACAGUACCAUGAACAACAGUACCAUGAACAACAGUACCAUGAACAACAGUAACAUGAACAACAGUACCAUGAACAACACCACACAGUUCAACCAGAAAUCCGACAAGCCGCCCACUGAACCUACCUUCCAGUCAACCACACAGUUCAACCAGAAAUCCGACCCGCCGCCCACUGAACCAACCUUCCAGUCAGCCACCCAGUUCAACCAGAAAUCCGACCCGCCGCCCACUCAACCAACCUCCCAGUUAGCCACACAGUUCAACCAGAAAUCCGACUAG